AUGCAACACCCAAUUGGAGUUUCUAAAGCGGUUCUUGACUGUCCAGAAUGCAGUUGCGUGUUUGCUAGUCGCAGAACACUUACAAGGCAUCGAAGAGAAGCUCAUGGAACAGAGGUUUACUCUGCUUACUACUGCCGCAUAUGCAAUCGUUGUUUCCCAAAGAUCUCAUUGCUAAGACGACAUAAUCUUGUGCAUGAUCCAAGCGAGAGUUCGAAACCAUAUCAGUGUAGCCGCUGCUUUAAAAGAUUCAAUUUGAAAUCUACAUUAAAGCUGCAUAUGGACAUACAUGCCCGUAAAGACAUAGAUGAUCCUGUUUUGACGAAUCCGAAAUGCCCC